AAUGAACUGGUGCAACCUCUUCAUCAAUCAUAGUAAUGGCAUACAUAACAGACAUUGAAAAUGAUAACCUUUAAUAAAGAAGAUCAAAUUUGUGUAAAGUGGUUGCCCUCCUUUUGACUGUAAUAUAUCUCUCAAUCAGGAAAAAGAAAACCCAGUUGGGAAAAAAAUUAUUUAUUUAACCAAAACCUACAUAUAUGAUAUAUCAUCAAAAGCCUUAGAUUGGUUGGUUUCUUGGUUAUUUAUCACAUAACAAAUUUAACGCACCAUCCAGGCCACCACACCGCAACCACCAGAAAACUCACCAAAAAACCAUGGAAGAAAAAGAGGAGACGAAGAAGCAGAAUAAGAAGCAAAAGCACCAACACCCUAAUGAUCAAACCACUAAACCGGCAUCUGAUUUUUCUUUCAGGCCUAGCUCAGAAGUGAAGGGUCUUCGUUUUGGAGGCCAAUUCAUAGUAAAAUCUUUCACCAUCCGGCGAGCAAGGCCACUUGAGCUUCUAAAAGUUCUCUCUUAUCCACCAACAAAUCGAAACAACAGCAACAGCAAAAUCCCUUUCCCCUCAACAAUAGCUUUCUUGCCUACAAACUUCACUAUCUUAGCCCAUCAAGCUUGGCAUACUCUAACACUUGGUCUUGGCACCAAGAAAUCCAAAAUACUAGUGUUUGUUUUUGAAUCUGAGUCUAUGAAGUUGGCUGUAGACAGAAUAUGGCCACAAGAGGUACCUCUUGGAGAAGUGAACAAGAAGCUUAUUAGAGGCCUAACUGGGUCUGAAAUGGCAAGGUUUAAGUUCAGAAAAGGAUGCAUCACCUUCUAUGUAUAUGCAGUGCGACGGAUAGGAAACAUGAGGUUUUCUUGUGCAGAUGAUUUAAGAACAAUAUUACAGUCUGUGGUUUCUCUAAAUGAUUUCUUGGAUCACACUACUAUGCUUGCCAUGCCUCACCAGAGAAGCAUCAACUAUCAAGCUCCAGUUGCCAUGGCUCACUAGUCAAUUUUUCUUCCUCUAAUAUUCAUCAUCAGCAUCUUCUUAACAUCAUGAUCAUCAGGGUCAUCUUCUCUUCUUGAUCUUUUAGGUCUUUAAUUUCUUUUGGUUGAUUUUUUUUUCCUUGUUAAACAUUUUUUUAGAGAUGAGUUGGGGGGAUUGAUUUAUUUGUUGGGGAUCUUUUGCAUGGGUUUUUCUUUUUUUCUUUUUUUUUUUCAAAUUUUUAAAAAUUUGUACUUUAAUAUGAAUAAAUUGGACUUUAUUUCACAG